AUGUGGAAUAUUUCGGAGUUCCUUCCAAGAGACUGUCUGGAUUCAGGUCCCGAUGGAGUCAAACAAGAGCUAGAGAUAGAAGGCCCACAGACUUUCGACUCGAUCGACUUUGCUAAGACAUGGCUCCGAUCCCAACUUCGCCACCGUGAACUUACCAAAGUCAUUCGAAGCAUGAAAUCAUACGGCCUAGGGAGCAUAACUGACAUCCUUCUUUGCAUGAUCCCGGCACUCAGUUCUAGGAAUCUCUUGCCUGACCAGGGCAUUCCCAGAUUGAUGCCUCGUGUUGGCCCUGGGCGUGGAUGGGUAAAAACAGCGACCUGUCACAAGAAGCUCGUUGAAACGAUUAAGACAAAGGGCGAGAAGCUCAACGAAGAUGACAAGUUGAACGUUGCCAUUGCUGUGGCUACAGUCGACUUCUUGUCCUCCGCUCAUGAGCCGUAUCAUGAACAGAUGACGCCUCCUUCGGACUUGUGUCGAGAGCUGGAAGCUAUUGAAAGACAUCUCGAAUCCCCCAAGUUCGCCGGCAUCAUGGCAAAGCUCGACCUGUUUACCGCUGCCAAGACCGUCACGAAAUAUUUUCCAGAAUUCUCGAGAAAAGAGGUUUCAAGAGUCGGCGAUAUUUUUGGUUGGACUCCGUAUCAUUAUGGAUAUCUCGCUGAUGACCCUGAAUUCAACAUUUUCAUGGUUCACCCAACCGUCAGUCUGGACCGACCGCUUGCCUAA